AUGUGCCCUGAGGAGGGCGGCGCGGCCGGGCUGGGCGAGCUCCGCUCCUGGUGGGAAGUGCCGGCCAUCGCGCACUUCUGCUCUCUCUUUCGCACCGCGUUCCGGCUGCCGGACUUCGAGAUCGAGGAGUUAGAGGCAGCCCUUCACAGAGAUGAUGUGGAGUUUAUCAGUGACCUGAUUGCCUGCCUACUUCAGGGUUGCUAUCAGCGAAGGGAUAUCACGCCUCAGACAUUCCACAGCUACCUGGAAGACAUCAUCAAUUACCGCUGGGAGCUGGAAGAAGGAAAGCCCAACCCGCUGAGGGACGCCAGUUUCCAAGACCUUCCUCUCCGCACUCGGGUGGAGAUCCUGCAUCGCCUCUGUGAUUACCGGCUAGAUGCAGACGAUGUCUUUGAUCUCCUCAAGGGUCUGGAUGCAGAUAGUCUCCGAGUAGAACCUCUGGGUGAAGACAAUUCAGGGGCACUCUACUGGUACUUCUAUGGGACACGAAUGUACAAAGAGGACCCAGUACAAGGAAGGUCCAAUGGAGAACUCUCCUUGAGCAGGGAAAGUGAAAGACAAAAAAAUGUCUCAAAUGUUCCUGGAAAAACAGGAAAAAGAAGAGGAAGACCUCCAAAACGGAAAAAACUACAGGAGGAGAUUAUAGCAAGUGAAAAGCAGGAAGAAAACUCCUUGGCAUCUGAGCUCCCAACAAGAAAUGGGUCCCGAGGACCAGGCCAAGGUACUUGGUGGCUCCUAUGUCAAACGGAAGAAGAGUGGAGACAGGUCACUGAGAGUUUUCGAGAGAGGACCUCCCUCAGAGAGCGACAGCUCUAUAAGCUCCUCAGUGAGGACUUCCUGCCUGAGAUCUGCAACAUGAUCGCCCAGAAGGGAACACGUCCACAGCGCUCAAAGGCAGAGUUGCAGCAUAGGUUUAUGUCUGACCACCUGUCCACCAAAUCCAUCAAGCUAGAGGAGACGCCUGUGCUCACCAGGAUAGAGAAACAGAAGCGCAAGGAGGAGGAGGAAGAACGGCAAAUUCUCCUGGCAGUGCAGAAGAAGGAACAGGAACAGAUGUUGAAAGAGGAGAGGAAGCGGGAGUUGGAGGAAAAGGUCAAGGCUGUGGAAGAUCGAGCUAAAAGGAGAAAACUCAGGGAAGAGCGGGCGUGGCUGCUGGCUCAAGGCAAGGAGCUACCCCCAGAACUGUCCCAUUUGGAUCCUAAUUCUCCUAUGAGGGAAGGAAAGAAGACUAAGGACCUCUUUGAGCUGGAUGAUGAUUUCACUGCCAUGUACAAAGUUCUAGAUGUCGUAAAAGCUCACAAGGAUUCCUGGCCCUUCUUGGAACCUGUGGAUGAAUCUUAUGCCCCCAACUAUUACCAGAUUAUUAAGAUCCCCAUGGAUAUUUCAAGCAUGGAGAAGAAAUUAAAUGGAGGUUUAUACUGUACCAAGGAGGAAUUUGUGAAUGACAUGAAGACCAUGUUCAAGAAUUGUCGGAAAUACAAUGGGGAAAGUAGUGAAUAUACCAAGAUGUCUGAUAAUUUAGAGCGGUGUUUCCAUCGGGCAAUGAUGAAACAUUUUCCUGGUGAAGAUGGAGACACAGAUGAAGAAUUUUGGAUCAGAGAGGAUGAAAAACGGGAAAAAAGACGUAGCCGGGCUGGGAGAAGUAGCGGAAGCCAUGUUUGGACCCGUUCUAGAGACUCUGAAGGGCCCAGCAGGAAGCAGCCACCAGUGGAAAAUGGAGGAAAAUCACUGCCCCCUGCACGCCGAGCCACCUCCACUGCAGAAGAUCAGAGUAGCCGUUCUACACAGCUCCCUCCAGAGGUGGGCACAUCAAAUGGCCAAGGCUUUUCCCACCCCCUGCACUGUGGCAGGGUGCCUAGCCAGGCACCUGUUUUAAACCAGAUGAAGCCAGCAGCACCAGGAACAUUUGGCUCUCUUCAAGGAUCAGAUCCCACCAACUUACAUGGCUCCUCCCGAGUGCCCAAGGUGCCACCUGGAGAGCCUGUGCAGCGGCACCCACCCUUUGCUAUGCAGCCUCCAGUUGGAAUUGGCAACCACCGAGGACCCCGGUUCAGUGCUCCUGAAGAAAAGCCAAUGUGUGGGGGGCUGACACACCUUACCAACAUGGGAUCACACCCCUCCUCCUUGCAGCUUGGACAAAUGAGUUGUCCCAGUCAAGAUGGAAACAUGUAUGCUCCAGCUCCAUUCCAGGCAGGAUUUAUUCCUUCCAGGCAUGGUGGGGCUCCAGGCCGACCUCCAGACUUUUCUGAGAGUUCAGAAAUUCCUUCCAGCCACAUUUAUCAUUCAUUCAAGUACCUGAAUCGAGUACACUCUGCCGUCUGGAAUGGGAACCAUGGUACUACAAACCCAGGACCCUUGGGGCCAGAUGAAAAGCCCCAUCUGGGGCCAGGACACUCUCACCAGCCUCAUACUCUUGGUCAUGUGAUGGAUACCCGAAUGAUGAGACCACCUAUCCCCCCAAACCAGUGGACUAAACAGUCAAACUUCCUACCUCAUGGAGUUCCUUCCUCAGGGUAUAUGCAGCCACCCUGUAAGUCUGCUGGACAUCGGUUGCAGCCACCUCCAACUCCAGCACCAAGUCCUCUAUUUGGGGGACCCUCCCAAUCUCUACGGGGGGUACAAGGAGGGGAUUCCAUGAUGGACAGUCCUGAAAUGAUCGCCAUGCAACAGCUCUCCUCCCGAGUCUGCCCCCCAGGUGUGCCUUACCACCCCCGUCAGCCCACUCCCCCCCAGUUACCUGGUCCCUUUCCACAGGUAGCUCAUUCAGCAUCAGUCAGUGUGUCAGUCCCUAAGCCUGCUUUGGGCAACACUGGGAGGACACAGGAUAUCAGUGAAACACAAGAGCGUGAGAAUGACCCAGCAGAGCCUUUGCCUGGACUUGAAGAGAAAACAACAAACAUUUGUGCUUCAGAGGGGGUAUACCUCAAACAGCUACCUCAUCCAGCACCACCCCUGCAAGCCAACUGUACCAGGCAGAGCUCACCACAAGAAGGGGAAGUGGAGGGCCCAGAACUCAAAAGUGAUGUUUCAGAAACUGCAGACAAUUAUAAAACAUCAAAGAGCAAGAACACCUGGCCUUUGGACAGCAGCUACACCAGCCCACCUGUGCAAGGCUGUAUGAGAGACCUCUCUGUGGUGGCAGACAGAGGAUCUCUCCCUGAAAACGGGGUUGUUGGUGAAGCAUCUCCUUGUAGGUCAGAGGGGAAGGGCCUUGGUGGCAGUGGUUCAGAAAAACCACUCUGCCCCAGAGGUAAAACAUUGCAGGAGACCAUACCCUGUACAGGACAGAAUGCAGCUACACCUCCUGGCACAGACCCCAGUUUGAUGGCUGGCACUGUGAACCAGUUUUCCCCCUUGUACAUGCCUGGCCUAGAAUACUCUAAUUCAGGUACACAUUACCACAUGAAUCCAGGCCUGCAAGGCUUGGCCCCUAUGAUAGGCGGGAAGUCCCCAGGAUCACAUCCUCAGCCUUUCUCCCCUAGGGGCUACCAGGCUAACAGUCCUCAUCCUGGAGUCUUUCCCCGCUACUGCCCCCAACAGGGAGUGAGAUAUCCCUACCAACCACCCUCUCAACCCUCCUAUCACCCUUACCAACGGACUCCUUAUUAUACAUGUCCACAGGACUUUUCUGAUUGGCAGAGACCUCUCCCUCCCCAGGGAAGCCCAAGUGGACCCCCAGGGAAUCACCCUCCAACCCCACGGCCCCUCUUCCCAGAUAAGAAUGUCAUAGCUAAUCUGCAAGGCUGUGAGACACUAAAUGCUGCCUUAACAUCCCCAACUCAAAUGGAUGCAGUGUCUGCUAAAGUUGUCCCAACUGAUGGACAGAAUCCGGGUCCAGAGGAAGAAAAACUGGAUGAAUCUAUGGAAAGGCCAGAGAGUCCCAAAGAAUUUCUAGAUCUGGACAACCAUAAUGCAGCCACCAAGCGGCAGAGUUCGCUGUCGGCCAGCGACUAUCUUUAUGGAACUCCUCCACCUCUGAGUUCAGGAAUGGGUUUUGGUUCUCCUGCUUUCCCACCCCACAGUGUGAUGCUGCAAACAAGGCCUCCUUACACUCCUCAGAGGCCAGCCAGUCAUUUUCAGCCCAGGGCAUACCCAUCCCCUAUGGCUGCCCACCCACCUCCCCAUCCAGUGGCCUCCCAGCACAAUGGCCUCUCUGCAGAGGGCACCAUCUAUCGUGGUCAGGAAGAGGGCCUAGGUCACUUUCAAGCUGUGAUGAUGGAGCAUAUUGGCACCGGAAGCGGAAUAAGAGGCCCUUUCCAAGAGUUGUACAGACCAUCAGGAAUGCAUAUGCAUCCAGUCCAGUCACAGUCCUUGUUCCCAAAGACUCCAGCACCCACAGCAUCACCAGAAGAGCUGCCCCCACAUAAGCCCCCAACACUUCCUCUGGAUCAGAGCUAGUCUAAGGAGGAAAUAACCCCCAAGAAAAUGGAAAGCUGCACGUGGAGACAGACCAUGAGGACUUGGGGGAGUGGUCCUUGUCCGACUCUGUCCCUGACACCCUACUCCACCUCUUGCUGUGAAUCAAGCCACCAGGAGCUGGAACUGUCCCUGGCCUUAGAUGCACACUCUGCAGAUGACUGGCCUGAAGCCUAUGGGAGGUCCAUGACAGGAGUCACCUGUACAGCUGACAGACAGCGAGAACAAGUGUACCUGGAGUUCCUAUUGCCUUCUCCAGAUCCCAAGACUCUUGUUCAGGGAAAAUCACUUUAAACUUGGGUGGAGGGUACAUGUAAGGCUGGAGUGGUGCUGUUAAACUUUCAUGAGCAGCUAAUCUCAGGUAUAUAUUUGGGGAAGGGACUACUUGUAGUAUUAAUGUUUUGGAGCUGGGUCCAGUUUACAGAAUUUUCAUGUUGCCUUUUCUUUUCUUUUCUUUUUUUUUUUUUGGGUGGUGAAUGUAUUGUACAUAAAGUGGGACGGUCAGGUGGGCACAUGGAGGAGCUGGGAGUCCUUCCCAGCUAUGGUGGACACACAACACUGGAAUGGUCUUGGUCUGUUUACAGUCAGGUCACACUGAAUGCUUUGAGGAGCUUGGGAGAGAGGUCAGGAAUGGUUUCAUCUUAAAUGCCAUUAACUUCUGUUGCGGCUGUCCCACAGCGAGUAGCUAAGCACCUCCUUUCCAGUCAAUCUCAGUACUGUGCUUACCCCUCUCAGUACUCACCUCGGCUUGUUGGCAGUGCUGUCAUGUGGCCACUGGAUGUUUUAGCCAGAGGACAGGCUGCCCUCACCCUGGUGGCCCAACUUCUGGACUUGGGAAAGCAUGUCCCUUCCUGAUUUUCCACCAGCCCUACCAGAUAGUUGUGAACCAGGAAUUGGGCGCUGUAGAGUGUUUCACUUACUACAAGAUAAAGUGGCUUCUUCAUAGGCCUGUCGAGCCUGUGGUCUAGAAGGCAUCACAUAAAGCUUUCUAGUACAGAUCACGUCUGUGAAAGUGACUACUCAGGUUUCUUGUAUAUGUUAGUCUCAAUAAAGAAAUUGCACAGGUUUGAGUAAGGAAAGUGUAUCCUUUAGAUUUACAAUUUGAAUUUAGGACUAUUUCAGUGUGUAUAGUUUUUAUUCAGUUUAAGUGAAUCAUAGUAUAAUCAGUCAUGAUUUAAAGUAGCUAUUAUCAAGGACAAGUUCUUGAAAAUCAUUUGUUGUGUUUGUGGUAGGAACAAUUUUACAGUAUUAAAUUACUUUAUUAUGGAUUUAGAAGUGAAUUACACUGGAUUCUCCCUGCUUUAGCAUUCUGUAUUUUAUUUUAGCUGAGAUGUCACCAAAGUUAGGACCUCUGUUUAAACUUUUGAAUUUCCCACAAAGAAUAAACUAAGGGAAAUGCCUUGAAAUUGCAAGUGUUUGUAAAAGAAUAACAUUUUAAAGCAUGCUUUUGAGAUAGUAAGAGAUCUCCAUAAAACAAUAAUCUGCCCUAGUUUUUUUAUAAAUUUAGCUGGGCAAGGGAGGGGGUGGUCAGUGGAAGCCUUCCCUCCAUUUCCAUCUUCCUUAGUAAAUGUGGAACAGUCUUCCAAUCUGUGACAAGGGAAAGAAAGAAAUUGGAAACAUCCAAGUUACAGAGAUGGAGUACAGAACACCUGCUCCCAAAUAGUGGAAGUGACUGCUUACUAACCUCCUGGUGUUGAAAGGCUGGGAGAGUGCACAGGUGCCCUCUAGGUGUGGCACAACAAAAUAGGAAGUUUUCUUUCCAACAAACUUGGGGUUUUGUGUUUGCAAGUCAACUGAGUCACUGAUCUGAAAUCUCCUCAGAAACUUGGCAUUGGCAUAAUCUAUAUUAGAAGAAUAAAGAAGUUAGAUUUGUUGAAUGGAUCUUGAUCUGCUAUUGAGCCUAGUGUAAGUCAACCUGAUCAAAGCAUACUACUGCAGUUCCUGUGUUGGUCUAAAAUCAGGGGAAAGGAGGAGCAGCUGGUAUGGGGUUGGUGAUACCUGUUCUGGGCUCACAGCCUUAUGCCACUAACAUAAUGAUGUAUUGCUCCUAACUCCCUAUUAGGAACCAUUAGCCCUCUUCCAAGAUCCUAAACUGCAGAGGAUGCUGAGCACAAUCUGAUCCCACCCUCACUUUCCUGUUGUUAAAGGGAUGCUGUAAAUAAUAAUCAGUCAAUUCCUUUAUCCCUACUUUCCCUUCCUGGUUUAUCAAGGAAAAGCAAUAGGAAAUUGAACUAUAUUGUUAUGACACUGUGAACAAGAGCAACAGCAAUAUGGUUGGUCUAGUUGUAUCUCUGUGGGAAUUUGGUGGUGUGUAGUUCUUGCAGGGUCUGGCCCUUCCUCCCUCCCAAUGGAAAGUCCAAUGGAAGUAUAGAUCUGCUAAAAGUUUCCUAUAGCUGCCAGAAUCAGGAGCAUGUGUGACCUGAGCUGCUAUUGAGUCUCAUAAACUCACACCCAAACGAGAUCUUUCAUUCUUAGCUUUCUUCCUCUAGCAUUUCUCUUUCCAAGUGUCUUAUGCAGAUGCAAAUACAUGCAUUUGCUGUCUUCUCCAGUAGGGAAAUGAUGAUUAUGGGAUAUGAAAUACUUAGAAAGUACUGUGUAAGGGUGUCUUAAAAGGUUUGCUCUCAGGCUAGAAGGACAUUAUAUCCUAUAGGUCACCAUCACCUUGUCCGUGUGCUGACUCAGUGGUCCCCAGAAGGAUAUAGCUGAGAUCUAUGCAUAAUUGGAAGCACUCUUCUGUUUGAUUUGGUGUUUGACUUACCUUUAUCAGGCUUAUUCAUAACUUAGCAUCUGUUUCCCCAAAGCCUAAAAGAAAAAAGAUCCUGAAAGAAAAUUAGAGCCUUUUAGAAGGUUCAUGGGUGUGUGAAUAUACUUACCCCCGUGAAAUAUGUUAAAUAAAAUAGUAGUAGGAGUUAUUGGCUAAAAUUUCUUGUGGUAGGAGAAAAUACGCAGGGUUCUCAUGCAUAUAACAUUCUAUCCCAUCUUUAAAAAUAAAGGUCCGGCCACUCUGCUCUCUAGGCCAGGUUGGCUUUAGUUCAUACCUGGCUGAGCUUGUGCAGCACUGAGCCCAGGUUCCAGGCCAGCUGCUCUCAGAAGGCACAACCUAUGCUGGUCUUUUAUGUUCUUUCUCACGACUAACCAUUUAAUGUUAUUUUUGAUAGCACGUAUCUGUUGUGUGGUUGUUGUUUAUGCUAAUUUCUACUGGCAUCAAAAGAAGGCCUGUUAAAAGCAGUCCCAGAUUCACAUAUGUCCCAAUAUAACCCUCACCAAGGUUGUCACAAACAAGCCCUUAAGUCAUGCCAUUUGGUUAAGCUUUCAUUUAAUGGAAGUUCAAAUCUGUAAAUGAUACACUGCUCUUAAGACUUAAUUUGAGGCCUGGAGAGGUGGCUCGAUGACAGAGCACUUGCCUAGCAUGUGCAAGGCCCUGUGUUCAAUCUCAAAAAUACACCACAAAAUAAAAUAGACCUAGUAAUGUGAGCUUAUAAUCUUAGCCACUUAAAAGGCUGAAGUUGAAGGAUCACAAGUUCAAAGCCUGCCUGGGCAACUAGGCAAGACUGUCUCA